CUCUGAGUACACAACGCCUCUGAUCUCAUUCUUGUCCGGAAAUUUCACUUGUCUCCUGAUUCCAAGGCUCUGGAUUAUAUAUUCGGAGCUUGUCUCAGCCAUAACCUGAGUUCCUGAACCUUUCCUUGGCACUUAUUAUCUUUUUGUUUACGGCUUCGAGUUUCCCCACAACCACACAUCGAUUGCAGCCCCUGAAGAAACUUCUAUUCUCAAUUCUCGAAUUAGACUAUCGCUCUCAGGCACAAUGACUCUAUACUACAGCCUUGUAUUUUGCCUUCUCGUCUUCGAGAUGGUGAUCUUUAUGGGCCUCGUCUUCCCUCUGCCUUUCACCAUCAAGCGGAAGCUGUUCACCUUCAUUUCUGAAAGUCCGAUAGUAGCAAAAUUACAAUAUGGGAUGAAGAUUACUUUUAUCUUCAUCCUGAUUCUCUUCAUUGACAGCGUGAAUCGAGUGUACCGCGUCCAGCUGGAGGUGGCCAAUUUUUCUAAGGAGAACAUGGGAGCCGCCGCCCUCGGCACUGAUCGCAUGGAAGUCCAGGCCCGGAAGUUCUACUCUCAGCGUAACAUGUAUCUUUGCGGAUUUACUCUCUUCCUGUCUCUUAUCCUCAACCGCACCUACACCAUGAUCCUUGAGACCCUCCGCCUUGAAGACAAGGUCAAGUCUCUCGAGGGUGACAAGAAGGCUGGCGGUAAGGACUCUGCCCGUCUUGCGGAGGCCGGAAAUGCCGGCGAGAUUGGACGCCUGAAGAAGGAGCUUGACGCCAAGAACCGUGACAUUGAAACUCUGAAGAAGCAAUGUGAGGGACUUACCCGCGAAUAUCACAGCCUGGGUGACAAAGUUGCUGGAAAGAGCGACGAUGGAUCCAAGAAGGAUCUAUAAAUCAAUCCUCUGGCCGAAACACAAGUAGCUGUCUCCAGUGAACCCAUUCCAUAAGAUCCCGCAGGAUCUUCAGGCAGCUCUCAUGGUUUCAAAUUUAUUAUUUGUGGGUAUUAAGCGUCUCGCUUAUGACUCACCGUGGGAUAUAAUGGUAUUAGGGAAAGAUUGUGCCGCAAAGCAAGGGACCAAUACGCCUGCGCAAAGGAUGUAUGAUCUGUCCUGCUUUCACGA